AUGUCGGAGCAUCUUUCGGUGAAUCUGCCUCGAAACAGAGGGAGCUCGUUUGGUCAGAGUACCCUGCCUAUUCGAAUUUCAUCAAACUCGAUCGGCUCAAACCAUUUGACUCCAACCACUUCCACUCAUUCCACCAGCAGCGCCACGCGCCAGCGACGGUCCUCCCUGAUUAUACAACACUUGGAGCCUGACUCCCACGAAACAAAGAUUGACCAGCAGUUAAACCCGAAUCUUAAUGCAAACUGGGUCAACUUCAAAGGUGCGUGGAUUGUCCACUUUGUUAUCAUCGUGUUUGUCAAAGUUUUUUUCAACUUCUUAACGGUCCUCGAUGAUGACUGGAAGUGGACAUUGACGAACUUAACUUACAAUAUCGGUCUGUAUAUCAUGUUUCAUCAAGUCAAGGGUAUACCGUUUGAAUUUAAUCUGGGGGCCUACGACAACUUGACUAUGUGGGAACAAAUCGACAAUGGUGACCAGUAUACACCGACGAAGAAGUUCUUGAUGAUGGUUCCCAUCUGCUUAUUUUUGAUCCUGACUCAUUACUCCCACUACAACCUCAACUUGUUUCUUUUGAAUGGCGUGCUGUGCUUGUGUGUAGUGAUCCCUAAAUUGGCGAUCUCCCAUAGAUUGCGUGUGACUCUCUACUGA